CUCUCAGCCUGUCUGAGCACGUGUCAGAAGAAUGCUGCUUUCUCACGUUUUACUUUCUGCUCCUCAGCACUUCUGUGGAGUACAAAGCAGACCUCUAGAGUGUUUCCUCUAAUCAGAAGGAAUACUGCCAUAACUGCCAUGGAGCCGCAGAGCAGUUCAAGAAUCGACUGCUUCUCAGCUGCAGGGGUUCUUGAAAGAUGCCACAGGGUCUCCACAUUAAAUUGGUUUGGAAGCCAGUCGGGUACCUUCUGACUAGUGCAGCACUUCAGCUUCUGGCUGCAGGUAGCUCUUGGGGCUCAUUUCCAAUUAUGGCACCGCCAUUAAAUGUGGUAAUAAAUGGUGAAAGGAAGACACUGGUGGUCUGUGUGGUGAAUGACCUCUCAGAGGAAGCGUCAGGUGAUGUUUGGUUUUCCAAUGGAAAUGGGAGCCUGCUGGAGUCUUUCACCUAUACGGUUUCUGGAGAAGGAGAUGAUAGUGUCAGCACAAUCUCUCAGCUUGCCAUUCACACCAAGGAAUUUGAAUCAUGGGAUGCAGUUACUUGCUGUGUUGCCGAAAACAAAACUUCAAGGAUGUGGAACACUACUUCUCUUCAAAUCUCUGAAGAAAGUAAAGAAGAUUCAUGCUUGGAUGAAAACUGCACAACCCAGGAUUGGAUAUCAUCCACUGAAACUCAACAUAUCUGCUCUCAGAUGCUGCUUCUUUUGGCCAUUCGACUGUUGCUGUUCAAAUUUAUGCUUUCUGACGUGUUGAUUACUUGUUGCUUUCUUUAUAAGAGAGAAGACAUGUCACCACAUCUGAAGUCGCACAAGUGUCCUUCAGUUCAUCAAUACCAAGUCAGAUUUGAUUCUACUCCAGUAUACAUUUACCAUGGAUGGCACGAAAAGCAAUGGAUUACAGAGUUAAGAAAACUUACUGCAGGUUCCUAAAUUUGUUUAAUCAGUAAUAAAGCUUCUUGAGUUCAACGUGA